UUUGAAUAGCUCACUUCAAGAGGAUUUGUUUAUAUAGUUGAACGCAUUCGAAAUUUGGAACCUUACUUUAUCAUGAAGAUUGCUUUUGCUUUGUGUGCAGUGGUCCUGCUGUCGGCUUCGAUAACAAGUGCCAAGAAGCCUGAAAAAGUUAGCGAAGAUGACAAUUUCAUCGUGUACAAAAUCCCAGUAGGAAACCUGGAUCUCCAAUCCGAGGCCAGCAGAAUGUCUUACGAUGAUGGCGUAGAGUAUGGAGGCAGCCAUGGAAGAUCCAGUAGCAGAAGUUCCAGCACCAGUAAGAGUGUUAGCAAAUCCACUGGAUCCGGAAGAGGUAAAGGACUCGGUGAGGGAGAAUCUUCUGCCGGGCAUGGAACCGGCUAUGGCGGAUCUAGCAGUGGACAUGGUUAUGGAGGUAGCAGUGGAGGAUACAGAAAUGGACAGGGAGGCAGCGGGUACGGCAACGGAGGUCCUGGUUAUGGCAUUGCAAGAUCCGGAUAUGGCGGUGGAGAAGAUGCCAUAUUGUCUUAUGAAGGUGGUUUCGAUUUAGGAGGCAAUUUAGGACGAUCGAGCAGCAAGAGUUCCAGCACCAGCAAGAGUACUAGCAAAUCCACUGGAGCCGGAAGGGGCAAAGGAUACGGUGAAGGUGAAUCUUCUGCCGGACAUGGAACAGGUCAUGGCGGAUCAAGCAGUGGUCAUGGUUAUGGAGGUAGCAGCGGUGGAUAUGGAAGUGGUCAAGGAGGUAGUGGAUAUGGCAGUGGAGGCAGCGGAUAUGGCAGCGGAGGCAGUGGAUAUGGCAGAGGAGCUAGCGGAUAUGCCAAAGGAAACGGAUAUGCGAUCGCAAGAUCAGGAUACGGAGUUGGAGUUAGUGGUUAUGGCAUUGGAGGUAGCGGAUAUGGUAGCGGAGGAAUGGGAUAUGGUACCGGAGGAACCGGAGGAUCCGGUUAUGGAAGCGGAGGAUCUGGAUAUGGUAGCGGUGGUAUUGGAUAUGGCAGCGGAGGAGCCGGAUACGGCAGUGGUGGUAGCGGAUAUGGCAGCGGAGGAUCCGGAUACGGUAGUGGAGGUAGCGGAUAUGGCAGUGGUGGAAAUGGAUAUGGUUAUGGAAAUUAUGGAAGCAAUGAAGCUUAUGGGCAAGGAGGGCAAGCAAGCUACACUCCUGGCGAGCAUGGUGGCCACCACAGCACUAGCCACAACCACUACGAUGAUGAAGAAGGAAACCACCCCAAAAUUGUCACAACAACCAAAACUAUCACCACCAACAGCGCCCACGAUACAGGCCUUAACUCUGGUUCCCAGUACAGACAAAUCCCAGACAGCGUUGGAGAUACCAACUUCCGACUUGCUGAUUAUUUGAAAAAUGCCCAAGGAAACGAAGCUCUCUCCAAAUAUAACCAGAAACUUUUCGAAGUUCCAGGAUAUGGUGCUGAAUUAUCUGGAGUCGCCCCUGCUCUCAGAACUGGACAAAACUUCAAUGUCAACGCCUUCACCCGAUCCCUCAACCAAAAUAUGGGGGCUUUCAAGGCACCUUCCUAUAGGAGCAAUGGAUACAUUCCUCAAGCCUCCAUGGUAUAUCCUACAGCUUACGCUCUCCGACAACUUGGAUACGGAUUGGGCGGAUUUUAAAAAAGCCAAAGAAAUCAUCUUUAAUUAAAUCUAUAUGAGUCAGAAUCACUUCAGUCCAAUGAUGUUGUGAUCCAGGCCAUCGUUGCUGCGUAAAUUGAAUAAUUGCUCUCAUUUGUAAAAUAGCGUGGUUAUGGUUGUUUGACUAGUCAUCGUCAUGUGCUUGAUUAGUUGACCUCAUUAGGACUUGCCUUAAAUCAAUUACUCGCAUCAAUACAUAUCCGCAAUGGUAUAGUCAAUGUCCGUUUACGAUGGUAAAUUGGAAAGAUCUAGGCAGUAAUUAUAAGAGAUUUCUAUGGGAAACGUGUUGUGUAUCUAAAAUUGAUAUCAUCUACAUGCCUCAUCAACUCGAUAGAAAAUAUUACAAAGUUUCGCUUUUCAGGAAAUUUCACGCUCUAGAUGUCAUAGUUUAAAAUCAAUUAAAACUCAAACGGAAGAUUUCUUAAUUGUCUUUUAGCUUUUAAAUUGAGAUCCGCUUUUUACUAGCGAAACGCCUAAUUUUGAUUAUGUUUUUUUGCAUUAUUACUAAGUUUCUUUAAAUAAGGAUAUGCGGUAGAUGUUCAGAAUUUAAUUAUGAAUUUUAAUUUCUCCGUAUCUUGAUGGUUAAGUCAUACAAGGAUAAUGACUUUCUUAAUGACUUUUUAUUAUUCUUAUUUAGAAGAGUAUCGUCAAGACUAAUUAGAUUUUAUAUACAUUAACGCGUAUAAUCAAUAAAUAAUGUCACAAAUUCAGAAAAUAGUCUUAAAUAAAUUAAGGCAUGUAUUAAAUAAUUGUAAAAUUUAACCUCUUAGAAUGUCAAACCGUCAUGGUUCGAGUUAACAUUC